GGUGAUAACAGAGACUCUCAUGGACCAUCAACAGUGGUAACAAACAGUGAUGAAUCACAGCUUUUAACUCCAGGAAAAAUGAGCCAGCGCCAGGGGAAAGAAGCCUAUUUUACUCCAACCAAAGAGUUACUCCAGCCGUCUCUCAGCCCAGGAACUGCCCACAGCCAUGGUUUUGAUAAAGGGAAGGACGAUGUGUCACAAAGCAAAGAUGAUACAACACAUUCUAUGUCAAAAAGCAAGUCUGAAUCCAAGCUUUUCAAUGGCUCUGAAAAGGACAUCUCUUUGUCUUCAAGCAAGCUUACCAAAAAAGAAUCUCUCAAGGUUCAAAAGAAAAAUUACAGAGAAGAAAAGAAGAGAGCUACAAAGGAAUUACUUAGCACUAUCACAGACCCAUCAGUUAUUGUUAUGGCUGACUGGUUGAAGAUUCGUGGUACCUUGAAAAGCUGGACCAAACUGUGGUGUGUACUGAAACCAGGAGUUUUACUUAUUUACAAAACCCCCAAAAAUGGCCAGUGGGUAGGAACAGUGCUCCUGAACGCAUGUGAACUCAUUGAGAGGCCUUCUAAAAAAGAUGGCUUUUGUUUCAAACUCUUUCAUCCUUUGGAGCAGUCCAUAUGGGCUAUAAAGGGUCCCAAAGGCGAAGCAGUUGGUUCUAUUACUCAGCCAUUGCCCAGCAGUUAUUUGAUCAUCCGAGCCGCUUCAGAAUCAGAUGGCAGGUGUUGGAUGGAUGCUUUGGAGCUGGCACUGAAAUGUUCAAGUCUGCUUAAACGUACAAUGAUUAGAGAAGGUAAAGAACACGAUUUGAACUCUUCAGCAGACAAUACUCAUGUCUCUCUCUAUGGUCUGCUUCGUGCUAACAACUUGCACAGUGGAGAAAACCUACCGUUAAAUGACAGUGAAAUUGAAAGGCAUCACUUCAAAGAUCAAGAUACAUACUCAGACAAAUCUGAUAAGGAAAAUGACCAUGACCACGAGGAAUCGGAUAAUGAUGGAUUGGGGAAAAGCGAAGACAGUGAUAGUGACACAUCAGAGCGACAGGACGAUUCUUACGUUGAUCCAGAACCAAUUGAUAUCAAGGAAACUACUUAUUUAGAACAGAGCCAUGAAGAACUUGGGGAGGCAGGGGAGGCAGCUCAGACAGAAGUAGUGUCAGAAGAAAACAAAAGUCUGAUCUGGACACUGCUGAAGCAAGUCCGGCCAGGAAUGGACUUGUCCAAGGUUGUACUGCCUACAUUUAUCUUGGAACCUCGUUCUUUCCUGGACAAGCUGUCUGAUUACUACUACCAUGCAGACUUUCUAUCUGAAGCUGCUGUUGAAGAGAAUGCUUACAACCGCAUGAAAAAAGUAGUGAAGUGGUAUUUGUCGGGAUUCUACAAAAAGCCAAAGGGACUAAAAAAGCCAUACAAUCCUAUACUUGGUGAGACUUUCCGAUGCAUGUGGAUUCAUCCAAGGACGAAUAGCAAGACUUUUUACAUUGCAGAACAGGUAUCCCACCAUCCUCCAAUCUCUGCCUUCUAUGUUAGCAACCGCAAGGAUGGUUUUUGCCUUAGUGGUAGCAUUCUGGCCAAAUCAAAAUUCUAUGGGAAUUCGUUAUCUGCCAUACUAGAUGGAGAAGGACGGCUAACAUUCCUAAAUAGGGGAGAAGAUUAUGUAAUGACAAUGCCAUAUGCUCAUUGUAAAGGAAUUCUUUAUGGCACAAUGACCUUAGAACUUGGGGGAACAGUCAACAUCACCUGUGAGAAAACUGGCUACAGUGCAACAAUUGAAUUCAAACUCAAGCCUUUUUUGGGUAACAACGACAGUGUUAACCAAAUAUCAGGGAAAAUUAAGCUUGGCAAAGAAGUUCUGGCUAUUUUGGAGGGUCACUGGGACAGUGAAGUUACUAUUAAUGACAAGAGGACAGAUGUUUCAGAGACAUUCUGGAACCCAACAUCUGAUAUCAAGCAGCGUAGAUUGCCUAGAUACACAGUGAAGUUUGAAGAGCAAGAUGACUUUGAGUCAGAGAAGCUUUGGCAACAAGUGACAAAAGCAAUAAAUAAUAAAGACCAAACAGAAGCUACUCAAGAGAAAUAUGUUCUGGAAGAAGCUCAGAGAAAGAGUGCCAAAGAGAGGAAACUUAAGGGUGAGGAGUGGACAUGCAAGCUGUUCGAUCAGGAUUCAGUCACGGGAGAGUGGCACUACAAAUAUGCCGA